AACGAGCUUAAUUUCAGUGGGAGGAAGCAUUACUGCAGUUUGAUUUUGGUGGUUUUACUGAUGACGAGGGAAAUGUUCUUUAAGGAAUGCUUGUAGGGUCAAAUUCCAAAAAUGGACUCUGAAGCAGUGCAAACUAGUUCUCUAAAGAAUGGAGGAGCAGAGGGUAGUCUUUAUAAACAAAGUGAGCGGGUUCAAUGCCAAAGCAGUGGUUACUUGAAUGGAAGUCGUAGAAGCUCGAAGAAUGAGGGAAUCAGUACCGAUCCUCCUUUGAACGAAAAUUAUAUGGAACAAGAAGAAUGUGAAAUACACUCCAGAGAUAUGGACAGUAAUGGGAGCAUUCGGCAUGAUCAUGCAACUAAAAAGCCAAGGCAUCAGAAGGACUUGACAUUUCAGGAUAUGUACAGCCAGCAGGAGGGCUAUUUUGAGGACGAUGACGAUGAUGAUAGCGACUGGGAGCCAUUGCAAAAGCAUGUAGCGAGCAAAAAGUGGUUUUGCACAAACUGUACGAUGAUGAACCUUGAUGAUGAUCUCCACUGUGAUAUUUGUGGAGAAUAUAAAGAGUCUGAAAUCGUUAGGCAUGGUUUUUUUGCAUCUCGUCUUGCGCCAACAGCUUUCCAUUCUCGGGUCGAAACAGAAGUAAUAGACAGGUUAAAAGACUCGGUGACGCGAAAAUCAGACCGGGACAAUUGCACUGUAAUUGGUUUUGAUGAAAGAAUGCUACUUCACUCAGAAGUUGAAAUGAAGUCCCAUCCGCACCCUGAAAGACCAGAUCGCCUUCGUGCUAUUGCUGCUAGCCUUGCCUCUGCUGGUAUAUUUCCUGGAAGGUGCAUCUCAAUCCCUGCUAGAGAAAUUUCCCGAGAGGAGCUGCAGCCGGUCCAUUCUUUGGAGCAUAUUGAAGCAGUUGAUCUUACAAGUCGCAUGCUUUCUAGCUAUUUCACUCCAGACACAUAUGCUAAUGAACACUCAGCAUCCGCUGCAAGGCUUGCAGCAGGGUUGUGUGCAGAUAUUGCUUCCACAAUUAUGACUGGAAAUGCCAAGAAUGGUUUUGCUUUGGUUAGGCCUCCUGGUCAUCAUGCGGGUGUCAGACAAGCUAUGGGAUUCUGUCUUCAUAAUAAUGCAGCAGUGGCUGCAUUAGCUGCUCAGAGUUCAGGUGCCAAGAAAGUGCUAAUUGUUGAUUGGGAUGUUCAUCAUGGAAAUGGGACACAAGAGAUAUUUGAGGCAAACAAAUCAGUAUUGUAUAUUUCCUUACAUAGGCAUGAGGGAGGAAGGUUCUACCCUGGUACAGGAGCAGCUGAUGAGGUUGGGAUUAUGGAUGCAGCAGGAUAUUCUGUGAAUAUUCCAUGGAAGUGUGGGGGAGUUGGGGAUAAUGAUUACCUUUUCGCUUUUCAGCAUAUUGUCCUUCCUAUAGCUUUGGAGUUUUCCCCUGAUUUCACUAUUAUAUCAGCAGGGUUCGAUGCUGCAAGGGGUGAUCCACUUGGCUGCUGUGAUGUAACUCCGGCUGGUUUUGCACAAAUGGCACACUUGUUGAGUGCUUUCUCCAGUGGAAAGUUGCUUGUAAUUCUCGAGGGGGGCUACAAUCUCCGUUCAAUAUCAUCCUCCGCUACAGCAGUGAUAAAGGUAUUACUUGGUGAAACUCCUGUAUAUGAAGUGGAUCAUGUUGAACCUUCCAAAGUUGGCUGGCAAACUGUUUUGGAAGUCUUGGGAAUACAGAUGAACUUCUGGUCCACGCUGAAGCCAACAUUUACAAGGUUGCAGUCACAAUGGGCAUCAUUUUUGCAGAAUAGAAAGAAAAUGGCCAAGAAGAGACGGCGGCUAGAGGGACCAAAAUGGUGGUUAUGUGGAAGAAAAAGGUUAUUGUAUCAUCUGUUGUAUGGGCAACUACGUGUAAAGGCAAAGCGGCGGGCUAAAGCUUUCUGCUAAUUUUUGUCUCCUGCAUCCUCCACUCCCUUUUUUGGGCCCAGGCUUUUGCGUAUGGCUUACUUUUUCUAGGCUGGUCUCAUGGCCAUCCAUUUUUUGUAUGAAAAACAUAACUAGUUAUAAUGUUGUUUCUGGUGGCAUUGGCAUUUGGUAAUCAGGGUCUCAGAUUCAUUUGUCUAUUCCAUAAAAUGUGGAAAUUUUUGUUUAUUU